AUGACAACAGUGAUGGUGACAGCGGUGAGGCCUCUUCUUGCCAAGCACAGCUCCCUGAGAGGGGUCAGCCACGGCCUCAGCUUCAGACUCGCAGUAAGCCUCGGGCCCCUUCCCCUCAUCACAACCUGUCUUGCCGUCGCGUCGAGCUACGACUUGAGCGGCCGCGACAUCACUCCCCGUGACUAUCAGCCAAUAGACACGCCUUACGACAAGGAGCAGAACGAGGAAGGCAUCGCCGUAUUGGAUGCUAGCGACUUGGACCAUGCUCGAUAUGGCUUCGUCUGGUCUUCCGGCAGAACAAAUAUCGAGCUUCUCGAGCUAGCCUAUGGAGGCCGGCCAUACCUCGACUGGAGCAUGUAUCCGAACCUCCUUGUUGAAGAUGCCGGCGCCGCCUUGAAACGUCGAGCGUUUGAUCAGGCCACCGCAGCCCGGCUCGAUCCUGCCUUUGAGUCAGCAGAUCGGGAGGACGAGCAUGCCGACCACCAUGUGUUUGCCGCGUGCUCUAACUCAGACCACGGUCUCGCUGAGGGAGCGCUGUAUCUCUCCACGUCGUAUCUCCUAGUGGCGCACCAAGGAAGACACCACUACAGGACUCCUAGUUUCGAGUGCUUUUACAUUGCCGAUGCCGUGUGCACUCCCGGUAAAGUUGUCAGCGGCUUUCCCCACUACACCAUAAGUCUAUGUCUGGACAGCUCUGGUCACAAUGGGUGUUCCGGCCUCUCCGCAGCGUACUGUACGGUCCAAGAGUCCCACCAGGGUUGGCCACAACAGCUUUUUGCAGGAAAGGACCUCGAGGUGGCCGACCUGGAGCGGUUCCUCAUGUUGACUGCGCCUCAUGUGCGCACCCAGGAGCUGACGAAUGCUCUCAAUGCGCCUCACGAGGAUAUGGCUCGGGCUUUUGAUGAGUGUUACGGCCAUCAAGACGGGAUCAGCCUGACACCUCUCUGCGUCGACGAACCAUGCGAUCUGCUGAACCAGUUUCCCUCGAAUGUCUUUAAAGUUGAACGUGCAGCCAAGAAAGCUAUCCGUGACGACGACUGA